AUGUCGCUCACGGCGCGCAUCUCGCUCAGGGGCAAAAGCGGCGGCGACAGCGGCGAGGGAGACACCGCCCCCGGGCCAGAAGACUACCUGUCGGGCUGGCGGGCCGUCAUCUUCCCCGACGACGUGACCGACGUGCACGGCGACGCCGACCACGGGCUCGUCUACACGUCGCCGCACCUGCCGCGCCCGCUGGAGCUCGACCUGGCCGACCCGCGCGGCGAGGACGACCGCCGCCUGUUCGGCCACUACCUGUGGAACGCGAGCCUGCUGCUGGCGGAGCUGGUGGAGCGUGAUUCGCUGGGCGUUGGUGGCGGUGGCGGUGGUGGUGAUGGCGGUGAUGAUGUUGCUGAUGAUGGCGCCGAUGAAGGCGCCGGCCAUAGCUUCGACGUCAGGGACAAGGCCGUCCUCGAGCUCGGCGCCGGCACCGCCCUGCCCAGCAUCAUGGCCGGCCUCGUCGGCGGCGCCCAGCGCAUCACCGUGACCGACUACCCAUCCCCCGCCAUCCUCGACACGCUCAGGGCCAACAUGGCCCGCAACCUGCCCCCCUCGUCCACCACCACCGCCCCGGUCCUCGUCCACGGCCACGCCUGGGGCCGCCUGGACGACGCCUUCAGCCGCGCCCACCGCCACGCCUACGACCGCGUCCUCGCCUGCGACACCCUGUGGAUGCCCGGGCAGCACGCAAACCUGCACCGCUCCAUCGCCCACUUCCUGCGCCCCGCCGCCGCCGGAGCCCGCUGCUACGUCGUCGCCGGCUUCCACACCGGCCGCGACCCCGUGCGCGCCUUCUUCGCCCCCGCCGCCCUCGCCGCCGCCCGCCUCGCCCUCGACGCCAUCUGGGAGCGCGACUGCGUCGGCCGCUCGCGUCCCUGGGACGGGCACCGCGACGAGGACGUCGGCGUGCGCAAGAGGUGGCUCGUCGUCGCCGUCCUGAAGCGCGUCGCGAGCUGA